CAGCCGUCCCAAACCCGCCUUCCAGAAUUUCUUCUUGCGCCCCUGUCCCUUGUCCUCUCCACGUUGCGCGUCGUUGCCGCUUCGUCACCUUCUUGCUCCCUGGUCUUCGCGCAUUUGCGUCCUUGCGUUGUCUCUCAGUCUUGUCAUCACGAACGCCUUGCUUCCUGCCUCCAUCGCUCGCUACAACAGCUAGGCGCCUCGCUUGUUGCGGCCCAGGCGCUCUGCUGGGGCCGACGAUGUCGGGCUCAGGACUAACGUUCGGUACGCCAGGCCAGCAGCAGGUCGGGGCCGACGAGUAUUUUAGCCGGUACCCCGACUCGGAAACCGAAGAUCGAUCCCUCGCAAAGACACCCUCCGACCUCCUUUCCUCGGCCUUCCGCGGUAUCAAGAAGAUCACACCCGGGAGACCGUCGCAACUUUCCCUCCGUCGGACGCCCGAGCCGCCCGUUCCUAUCGUUGAGAGGUCCGCGGCCUCCGCGCCUCUCCUGUCCCGAAAUACGCGUCCGCCACUGCCGCAACAUGCACGGAGUUUGAGUCUACAGGAUAGCCUCUCGAAACCCUUACCCGAGCCGCCGCCGCCACAGAUCUCCCCAGCGAGCCCUUUGACACCCUUGACAGCGCCCCAACCGCUCGGCAGUCUCGGCACCAUUCUUGACGUUGAGACAACAGAAAUGGACAGUCGCACGAGCACAAUGGACUCGACGUCCUCAGUCGAAAUGGGAGGUGGCCUAUAUGCGCGAGGACAGACCGGCCAGGGUCCGGACACGAACGUCAACAGCAGCCAGAGCAGCUUGGCGAGCUCUUCCCGGCAAGAGGGUUCGGACGAUCGGGGCGACAACCUGACGCCCAAGAGCACUGGCCCGCUGUCGGCCGGGCCGUCACCUAGUAUCGGCCAGCAGAGGACACAGGCCGGCGGGACCGCCGUUGGAACCGCGACUCCAUCUGCGCACCUGUCCGGGCUGAUGUGCAACGUACACCGGACCACGGGAAGGGAACCGCCCCCGCUCGUCGGCGCGACUACGACCAUUCUGGGAGACAAGCUGUACGUAUUCGGAGGAAGGAUAUUGUCCAGGAGUAGGCCGGCGCCGUUGACAGCGGAUCUGUACGAGCUGGAUCUCAUCCGCCGGCACUGGACAAAGCUGGAGACGACCGGCGACAUUCCCCCGCCUCGUUACUUCCACUCAAUGUGCGCCCUCGGUGAUACGAAGAUGGUAUGCUACGGGGGCAUGUCACCGAUAACGAGCCAGAAGAACAUCCCCGCAGACCAGCAGCCUGAGGUUACCGUCAUGUCGGAUAUCUACAUUUACGACUUGCCAACCAAGAAAUGGACCUUCAUCCCGACCCAGGACGCUCCUCAGGGCCGUUACGCACAUUGCGCUUGCAUCCUACCGUCGUCAGCGACGUUUGCCUCACAUCGAGCACCGCUUUCGGCCUUGCAGCACAACCCGUCUACGGGCAAUCCGAACGAGGGACGAAUCGGUAUCAGCAUCGACGGCACUGGCGGCGCCGAGAUGAUCGUUGUCGGCGGCCAAGACGGAGAGAACCACUAUAUCGAACAGAUCAGCGUCUUUAACUUGCGUAGCCUGAAAUGGGUCUCAACACAGCCGCUGGGGAAGAGUUGCGGCGCAUAUCGCAGCGUAGUCGCCCCGCUUCCCCCCUAUGUCACCGCCAAACUCGGCAAGACGUUCCCGGGCAGCGCGCGGCAAGAGCCUGGAGGCAUCAGCCAGGAAGCGAGGGAGCCGGGCUCAAGCAUGCUCAUAUACAGCAACUACAACUUCCUCGAUGUCAAACUCGAGCUGCAGAUCAGGACCCCCGACGGCCGUCUCACGGAGCGGCAAAUGAACGGCACGUACAGCCCGCCCGGGUUGCGAUUUCCGAACGGCGGCAUCAUCGAUACCCAUUUCGUCGUCAGCGGCACAUAUCUCACGUCUUCCAAGCAGGAAUAUGCUCUCUGGGCCUUGGAUCUGCGAACGUUGACUUGGAGCCGCAUUGACGCUGGAGGCGCCGUCUUCAGCCAGGGAAGCUGGAACCGCGGUGUCUUGUGGAAUCGCCGGAACACGUUUGUGGUGCUGGGGAACAGGAAGCGCAGCCUCGUCGAGGACUAUAACCACCGGAGGAUUAACUUCAGCAACGUCUGCAUGGUGGAGCUCGAGGCGUUUGGCUUCUACGACAAUCCCCGGAAGACGUCUCCCAUGAGCGGCUUCAUCAGCGCCAGCAGCCCCUACACGAGCCCAGGUUUGAGUCUUGCCCGUAAGGCGGGCUUCACUGCCGGCGGCCGGUCCCACGGCCGCGCCGCUGAAGAGCUAGGUGAGAAGGCUCUGGCGAUGAAGGAGCUGGCCGACAUGGACAUCCUCUGCAUCGGUGGCGAACGGAUACCGAUCAACUCUCGGAUUGUGGCGAGGCGAUGGGGACCCUACUUCGUCCAGCUGUUGCGAGAAGGCACAGCCACGCAGGACGGCAGCGAUGCGGCGACACUCAGGUCCAACUCGAUAUCGGCACCCGGAUCAUCGAUCCGAAGCUCCAACCUCACCAUCACGCCGACUAACAUGAGCGGCAGCACCGUGUAUUCGGCGAGCAGCGCGAGCAGCAAGGGAGGGGCCAGUAGCAUGUCCUCAGCCGGCACGCUGGUGGAUCCCGCAGCCAUCAACACGGCGCCGACGCCGCGUACCUUGCCGCCGAAUAGCCGUCCUCGGUGCCUGUACCUGCCGCACACCUACCUUACCGUCCAAGCCCUGCUGCACUUCCUCUACACAUCGAGCCUUCCGGCGCCGUCUUCGCCGCUUUGUACGCCGCAGAUCCUCUGCAGCCUCCUCCAGAUCGCACGGCCGUACCGCAUCGACGGCCUGCUAGAAGCUGUCGUUGAGCGGCUCCACGGCCUCCUCGACAGCCGAAACGCCGCGGCGGUGUUCAACGCGACUGCCAUGGCAGCCGGCGGCGGCCGCGGCAUCGACGGCACGCUGAACCCCAACUUCUUCCCCGCGUCCGCAGGCCUCGACGGGCUGGGCGGCCCGGCGGACGCCCAGCAGCUCAACGGCGGCAGCGCCGCCGGCAGCGAGGCCGGCGCGAGCACGAGCACGGCCGCCAGCCUCGCCGGCGGCGUCGCCGGCCUCAAGAUCAGCACGGCGGUGCCGAGCGCGCAGCCGACGAGCGACGAGCUCAGCGCCACGACGAGCGUCAGCGGCAGCGAGUUCAGCUCCGAGGUCGGCGACAGCGAGCGCGGCGGGUCGAGGGAGAUCUGGGCCGGCGACCUCAGCAGCGUCAUCGGCCUGCAGAAGAGGGGCCUGCGCGGCCUCAUGGAGGGCCGCAGGUUGAGGGAGCGCACCGGCACGAAUACCAUGGCCGCCGGCCAGCUGCAGCCGCAGCAGCAACAGCUGCAGGCUGGUGCUGGUGGUGUUGCGUACGGGCAGGGUCGCGUGGGGUUGGGGAUCGCGGGUUCGUGAACGCGAUGGACUCCGGUGGGUGCAUCAGUCACCGUAAGGUGAGGUGAGGUGGGCUUUCUUGGAUGAAGUGAUGAGAUUACGGCUUGCAGUCGUGCCUUGACUUGGAUAAGGGGUGGUUGAACAGAGCGUGGGACACUUGGUUUUGGGUGUGGUUGCGAAGCACAAAGGGGGUGCGUUGGAUGAUGGUAACGGUUUUGGGCGGGCAUACCUUCCUUUUGGUGGUAGCUUGCCUAGAUCGUGUGCUAUACGGCGUCAAUUGUUAUGGGAUGUCUCGAGGUCAGCAGCUUGGCGGUUACAGUCUUGUUUCCGUCAGCCUCGCGUGGUCCUGAGCGGGCAGCUCAGAUCUUCCGAGAUUAGAGCCGUCCUGCUUGCCUGCUCAGCGUUUCAUGUA